AUGAUCAUCAGAUGGAAAAUGGUGCUGCUACAUGUCCCCCCUCCAAUUGGAGAGACUCACAAGCUGCAGGAGCAGCAAGUCAAGCAGCAAGAGCCGCAAUUCAAGGAGCAAGAGCAGCAAUUCAAGGAGCAAGAGCAGCAAUUCAAGGAGCAAGAGCAGCAAUUCAAGGAGCAAGAGCAGCAAUUCAAGCAGCAAUUUGAGCAGUGA